UUUAAUUUCAGACAGUUAUCCGGUAAAACUCUGUUUAUAACCGGUGCAAGCCGUGGAAUUGGAAAGGCGAUCGCCUUGAAAGCGGCGCAAGAUGGCGCCAAUAUUAUCAUUGCAGCCAAAACUGCUGAACCCCAUCCAAAACUACCAGGAACUAUCUUUACUGCGGCGAAGGAAGGUAAUUUUUAUUUCUUCUAACUUAUUUCCAGUCCAAAUUUCGAACCUACUCUCGAUCUUCUAGCUGUCAUACUGAAACUAUGAUUGCGUGAAACAAGUUAUUUUCCCAGACUACUUGCGUGACACAUUUUGUUUACAGGUACCUAUUUGUUUACACACGUGAUAAUUCCUUGAUGCCUUGUUCUGUUAGGGUCCCCAAAAGUAUUGAAGGUUACCUUUUCGACUUGAACAUCUCAAACUUCAACAAAGAUAAAUGUUAAAAAUGGUUACUGUGAUGUCAUUGUUUGAGAGUUUUCUUUUUCUGAGUUUUCUCUCUGUUAGGAUAAGUGACAAAAAUUCAUAAAGACAAAAUAACUGGCAUAACACACAUUCACUGCCAAGAACAGUCCUCUUCAGUACUGUUUCCUGGGAUUGCCUUUUUCCACCAAUUUAUGACACAUUUUGAGUGGUAAAAAACGAUUUGGUACCUUUAAAGUGACAUGUACAAGUGGUAAAUACUCAGAACGAGUAUAUGAUUGAAGCAAUAGACCAAAUUUUGUAUUUGUUGCAUAUGGUAUAAUAACACCACUUGGAACCUUGCACACAUCAACAAACCAACAGAAGGUUUGGCCAGGUGUACUCUGUGAGAUAUUGGAAUUAUUUUACUUGUAGUGGAAGAGGCUGGAGGGAAGUGCCUGCCUUGCGCAGUGGACAUCCGUGAUGAUGGAGCUAUUUCCAAGACUGUUCAAGAUGCUGUGAAAAAGUUUGGUGGCAUUGAUAUACUAGUCAACAAUGCAAGUGCUAUAAGCUUGACUGGAACAUUGGACACAACAACAAAAAAGUAAAGUUUUUUCAUGAAAAAGACUAUGAAAGAAUGAUAAAUCAAGGUCACUAUUUGAUGUUGAAAAGGCUCAGUGGUCUGAAGUAGCCCAACUAUUAACGAAAGUUCAAACUUGAUUUACAGAUAAUGCUAAAAACAAACAAAGCACCAUUUAAUUAACAAAAGUUAAAUUUAGUUUUUGCAACUCAUGGCAAUAAAAGUCUCAUCAGUAUAAUUAUUGUGGAAAGGGAAAGGGUUACAAAAGAGGGCUGAGUUUUGGUCCAUAGUAAUUACAAACAUCGUGGGUACUUUUAUUUUUAGAUAUGAUCUUAUGAACAGUGUCAAUGCCAGGGGAACAUUUUUGUGGUGAGUUCAAUUUGCCUUGUGUGUAUAAAAUAAAUAAGAACAAGUAGAUAUGAAUAUAUAAUCAAACUUACAGAUAUUUCCCCUAAAAGUUUUUUUGUAAUAUUUUGCACAAAUUAUCAGAGCUCUUAACAAAUUUAAAAAGCUUAAAUGUACAUGUAGGUUGUGUCAUUGUUUUUAAACUGCAAAUCAUCAGAAAAUGAGAUUAAAAAUACACACAUUAAAAAUAUAUUCAGAUUACUGAUAGAGUACAUUAUUUUUGUCUGCGUAACUUACUUUGGUAUAAUCAAAAUACAUUUAGCCAUUAUAUUUUGACUUCCUUUAAUUUGAUUCCUUUAACGUUUCGUUUACAGUUCCAAAGCCUGCCUUCCUUUCCUUAAAAAAGCACAGAAUCCUCACAUCUUAAACAUUACUCCACCACUUAACAUGAAGCAUGAGUGGUUCAAGGACAAUGUAGGUAAUGUAUGAGAAUAGCAGGCCAUUUCUGUGUUACCCCAAGCCUCCGUUUCAAAGCGAGGCUAAUAUUAUUGCAAAGCCAUUUACAUGGAAAUGAUAUUUUAUUCUCAUGCUAUUAAACUAACUCAUUUUCACAAGAAAGGUUUUGCACUUAGCCUCUCCGUGAAAUGGAGAGUUUUUGGAACUCAGAAGAGGCCUAAUAAGAAUUUGUGUACCACAGUACUUUCACAUUGAUGCACUUUGUUGUCAGUAUUUUAAGAUAAAAAUUUUGCUUUUUCUCAAAUUGUUUGGUACAUUUUUCAUGAAAUUUUUAUGUAACGUUGAGUUAUUAGGGAGUUUGACAAAUCUCAUUAUGAAUUUUGGAAGGCAAUUGGGUUAAACACCCUAACCCACCCUAUCCACCCCACCCCACCCCACCCCACCCCACCCAUAGCAAAAUUCCAGUUAAGCAUCUUACUUUCCAAGAGACUGUAUAUAUACCAGAAUUUUGGCCAGGUGGGUGUCCAGGUUUCCUGUAGGCACAACAUAGAAAAAUAUUUCUUUUUGUGCAUCUUGGGUUAAAAAUGCUGUGUUCAAUUUAAGCAAAUUUAUUUUUCGCCCUAGGGGCUUCAAUAUGAAAAAAAUUGUUGGGAUAGGGUAUGCCCUAACACCCCAGUUAUGGAUGGGUUUUCCCCCAAGAUCACUUGUGGAUUUCCACUGAAACCCUGCCAUUCCUCCCUCUUAUAUUUUAUUACUUUCCAUUGUCAUCUUGAUGUGAUGUCAACCAUUAAUGUUUGUGGUUGUUUUCAGCUUAUUCUAUAUCGAAGUUUGGCAUGACACUAUGUGUGCUUGGUAUGUCUCAAGAAUUCAAGAAUGAUGGUAUCGCAGUUAAUGGUCUUUGGCCUAAAAAACGUGAGUCAUGAGAACCCAGUGCAAUCAAGUUUUUCCUCCCAAUUAACCAACACUGACAAUCACGCCACUUACAACUAAUGUAUUACACAUACCUGCCCAAACAGUCAAUGUAAUCAACAGAAUGGUAAAAAUUAAGAUAUUAAUCGCAACCAAGUUGGUGGACCAGUGAGAAGUCUGCCAAGUGGAAAGAUGAUAAUAUUGUUAGGUUAAAUAGCAUUCUGACUGAGAUGGAGCUUUUUCUUCCAUGCUUGGUAUGGGUUCUAAUUUGCAUUUCAUUAUCCCUGGGCAGUCUGUGCCAGCUGUGAUUACAGGAUGUUUUUUAUACAUCUGUGAAAUUCCUUAACUGGGCUUCCUGUGCUCUAUUGCAAUUUUCCAAUCAGAGUGAAUUCUUUAAUUACUGUUUUACGUCAUGGAAAUGGAAACUGCUUCAUAAGUCUGAGAAAACAGCUCAUUUUGCAACACCACUGCUUGUUUCCCUGCAAAUUGACAAUGAUGUGUUGCCAACCAGAUGCUGGAUCGUGCUCCUUUUUUGUUAAAGUAAAUUUUCAUCCAAUCAAAGCACUAUUCAGAUCUUGGUAGUGACACAUCAUUAGUAUGGAAUUUCUGCGCUUGUUCCCCAGACGUCAUUUCGCAGAUAAAACAGUGGGGGCAUCUCGAAAUUCCGGCUGUUUUCUCAGGCUACUGCUUCAUAAGGUGCAGGGUGCAAAGAAGUCGGUUUUACAGCCUGCCAUUCGGGCAAGCUGUAGCUAGCAUGUUCUAGCCCACAAGUCAUUUCAGCUAGCCCCAGAACCCUUUUUGAUUAGCAGGAUUGAUUACAAUCCUUCCGUAAUUUGAAUUUCCCCCAAAAAACAGUACUUGCCCGUCGGGCUAGUUGAGAACAAAAAUCACUAGCCCGAUAGCAAAAUCCACUAGCCCCGGGCUAUCGGACACGACUUUCUUUGCACACUGAGGUGGAUAAAUUUUUUGCUCAACAGCCAUUGCUACAGUUGCUGUGGAAGUAAUGUAUAGCAAAGAGGCACUCGCAUUUUGCCGAACUGAUCAGAUCAUGGCUGAUGCUGCAUAUGCUCUUCUAACAAAAAACAGUCGAACAAGGACUGGAGAGUUUCUUUAUGAUGAGGAUGUUCUUAAACAAGAAGGAAUAACAGACUACGAUCAAUAUUUGGUUUCACCAGGUAAAUGCUCAUUUAGUUAAAAAAAAAAAAAGAACAAUCUGACAUGACAUUCUUAGGCUAGGUUAUUGUAAUACUGUCUUUAACAUUGGCUGUAUUAAACUGAUUAUAAAUUAAUUUUUUCUUAGAUUCCUUGCUAUCAUUUCAUGGUCUGUCAGCUCACAUGGUCUGUCAGCUCACAUUAAUCAAUUCUCCGUUAAUCAACUUAAAUUUUAUCUCUAAAGCUACUAGAAACGGGCAGCAAAAACGCGCAACUUGUUUUGCAACAGUUGCAUAGUGAUGUUGCGCGUUUUAUAGCCCCCAUAACAGGCGCUUUAUGAUCGAGCCAAGCGAGGCGCUUCGCGCAAAAUGCCGUGUUCGCCUCGCUAGGCUCACAAAGCGCCUGUUAUGCAGGCUACGCGUUUUACAGCCCUCGUUCUAGCCUUUCUUUCAACGAAUCAGAUUGUUGAAGGCGCGUGAAUACUGACUUCUGAUUGAAUAAAAUUGUGCUGGAUUCACGCCACACAGGGACUGCAGAACAAGGUUUGCCUUAGUUUAGGUCGGCAAAAAAGCGCAACAACUUUUCGCAACUUGCAGCAAUCUGAUUUGUCGCAAGACAGGUUUGAUUCUCGGUGGUAAAACGUGCAACAUCGCUUUUCAGCUCGUACAGCAGCAAUGUUGCAGAACAAGAUGCACGUUUUUGUUUUCCGUUUAACCCUAUCUCAAGAUAUAAGAAAACCCUGAAAAACGCUCGGGAUAGAUAAUUCCAUACUUACCCUUUUGACUAAAAGCUGAACCUCUCAGUGUCACUGACUCUAAAUUGAUCUUUUUUUUCCUGGCGUGUGUCGACAUUCUAGUGUAUCAUGGUUAACUCUUUGGUGGGUUUCCUGUUACCUUUUUAGAGGCAUUGAAGACCGAAAACACCUCGCCAAGUAUCCACAUUGGAAGUGUGUCAGAAGUCUUUGAGAAGGUUCACAGUCUUUGUAACGAGGAACUUGUUCAGAGUAUAAACGGCAUCUUUGAAUUCCAUUUGAGUGGAAAAGAGCCCGGAGUGUGGUAUCUGGACCUCAAGAAUAAUUCAGGUAUAUGAAAAUUUUGUAGUCUCGUGGUGUUUCAGGAACCUUUUUUUAAUGAGCAACAACGACGGGGACUGCAACGAGAACAGUAAAAAAGCAAUGCGUAGAUUAGCAAAACAACAACUUUGCACGUGGAUCCACGUGCAUCACGCUUUUUGGUAGAUUUCCUUGCCGUCGUUGCGCGACUACAACGUGAAAUAACGAGAGUACUGAGAAAUGCGAAACUAUAGAAAUCCAUAAUUCUUUCUGAACUGUACUUCCUUGAAAGGAAAUUCUUAUCCUCUUUUUCUGAACUUAGAUACAGCACUUAGAGUUCAACGACAGAAACAUUCGCCAACAUUUAACAAACAGGACGAGAUGGAAUGAAAGCUAUAAAGUUUUAAAAAGCGCCAAAAAUCGACUGCGCACUUAUAUCACAAUAAUAUUAUUGGUACCUUUUUGCCACCCUCCGUAGUACACUACAGCUAGGACGUGAAACUUUCAUUAUGCGAAAUCUAUGAGGAACUUCAAAGGACCACAUUUUUUCCUUUCUCUUUCCAAACUUGCGUGCGGCCCGUGAGAAUUUGAACAACGCCUAAGCUCCACUACUUUUUUCUGACAGGGGCCUCAGUUUGAAAUUGCCGCGGGCAUAUUUUUAAAAGGUUGAGAAAAUAGGGUAUGUGGGUUUCAUUCUUAGUGUAAAUGUAGAAUUCUUAUUAAGAAACUUAGAAAUGAAAAUUUCCAGAAACGUGAAUUAUUUGUAAUUUCCUUCAUUGUUCUAACAUUGCAGGAAACGCUGGUAGAGGUUCUUUUCACGGAGAUCCCGGCUGUACCAUGAUUUUAGACUCAGAGGAUUUUGUAAAAAUGUUCCAAGGACAACUGAAUCCAUUACAGGCGUUUAUGGGCGGAAAAAUGGAAGUUAAAGGAGAUAAAAUGCUGGCCGCGAAACUUGAGAAACUUAUGGGCACAAUGAAGUCAAAACUAUAG